AUUGUUUUAUACAGAUACGCUGAAAAUAGUGCAGAUGUUUCCAAUUUACGGGACUACGAAGUUUUAGUUCAUUCGACACAGGCUCAAGAAAGAAUUCAAGAAUUUGAUCGAUUACGAAAAGCAAGGCACCUCCUGGAUGCUAUUUCGCUAAUAAACGAUUUGCUUGCUGAUGGUUCUGAAGUAGAAAUACUAACACUUGCUGGAAUAAUAGUUAAAAGAUUAAAUAAAUUAGGCGUGACAAAUCUAAUGACGGAUAAAAAAGACGUACAUUGGUAUCAUGGUUCAAAAUUGUCAGCUUUGAGACUUGCGCAUAGUGGUAUUUAUCACUGCUGCACAUUCUGCUCUAGUGGUGGGAAAAAGGAAGUGACUUGCGGAUGUAGAGGCACAAUGCCUGGCGGAUAUAAAGGUUGUGGCCAUGGACAUAUCGGGCAUCCAGGUAUCAAUCAUUGGUCUUGUUGUGGAUCUAUAUUGCGCAAUGGCCGUUGUUUAAUGAUACAAAAAACCAUGCAUCAACUUACAUUGUAAAUCUAUAAUGAAUUAAUAAAUAUAUCUGCUGUAUAUAAAGUAUUUUAUUUACAAUUAUAAAAUGGGAAAUAUCUCAGGAAGAGCUUAACCAAAGGAAGCAUGUAUCUAGUGUUCUGAAAAUGUUUCAAUAUUGGUUACAAAAAUAUGCAAUAAAAAAAUAGAAGUUCCUAUUUAAAAUUUUUAUGUUGACCUUGACAGAGUUUUCCAAGAUCAUUGCAAGGUAAAAAAAUAUUACUGUCUUCUCUUCUCCUCGAAAUCUUGUAAUUUUUGUUCAAAACAGUUGCAUAUCUUCCUUAAUUCCCAAGAUAUUUGCGAUAAAAUUUAAAAUGGGACAUCCUGUAUAUAU